AUUUUUACAUCGAGUAUUAUAGAGUAUCGUUCUCACCAUGGCCUCUGUUGCUAAUUACCGAACAAUGGAUUUUUGGGAUAACCGCUGGGCAACUGGAAAAACUGAAUGGCACGUAUCUGACUUCCAUCCCUGCCUGGUGAAGUACGCUGGGGAGGUGCUGCAGGGGCGGGACAAGAGGGUGCUGGUCCCUCUGUGUGGCAAGACCCUAGACCUCUUGUGGUUGUACAAGUCAGGUCAUCGGGUUGUGGGCGUCGAAGGAGUCGAAAAAAUCGUGCAAGAGUUUGGGGAGGAGCACAAGCUUGACUUCCGUCUCACCAAGACCGCUUAUGGCAAGACUUACCAGGUAACCUCGUUUUGCUACAUUCAAUCUAUUACUAAAUGGAUCACAACACUCGACAAGCCACUCAACGGUGCGACCUUCUUCUGUCAUGCUUCGUGUCGCGUUGGUUCUCCGGGUUGCCGCCAGGUAGGUACGCUGCCACCACCUACACCACCUGCUACUGACUUACAUACACCACUUGCUACCACCACCUACACCACCGAGCGUGACUUCAUCAGAAGCAGCAUGGCCACCGCUUCAUCGCCGGAGGUACCACACAGAUUUAAGGAAAAUGCUCUCGAUGGAUACUUCGCUUUCAUCACAACAAAUAUGGUCGACUACCGCCGGUCAAACUGGGCUGACAAACUUCCUGCGGAUUGA